GAAGCUGCUAGAUGGGAAGUUUAUAUAUAUAUGGACUGCGGGGUUACGCGACAGUUUAGUACGUGACCCAAGAGUAUCGAGUGUCGUUUGGAGAGAUCGUCUCGCGACCAUUCUUUGUGAAGUUUCGCGAGCGUAUGCGUAUCUUUCGUACUCCGAGUGUCCAAACGUGCUUGAAGAAUAGGAAAUAAUUAUAAAAAACAAUAGAGGCGAAAUAGAAGGAAAAUGGGGAAGGACUAUUAUAAAAUACUCGGCAUAGCCAAAGGAGCGAGCGACGAGGAGAUAAAAAAGGCUUACAGAAAGUUAGCUUUGCGGUAUCACCCUGACAAGAACAGGAGUCCCGGUGCCGAGGAAAAGUUCAAGGAAAUAGCCGAGGCGUACGAAGUGCUGUCGGAUGCGAAGAAGAGGGAAGUCUAUGACAAAUUCGGCGAGGAGGGUCUCAAGGGAGGCGCAUCUGCUGGUGGAGGCGGAGGAGGAGCCACGUACACCUUCCACGGAGAUCCCAGGGCGACGUUCGCUCAAUUCUUCGGCUCGGCCAGUCCUUUCCACAAUCUGUUCGAAUUCGGUAACCGCGGAGGAUUCACCUUUCACGAGGAUGACAUGGACAUCGACAUGGAUCCCUUCGGACUCGGUGGCAUGGGACCACCGCGACAAGGUGGUGCCUUUAGAUCACACUCGUUCAACUUUGCGAGUCCGAAUACUGGCAAAGCCGCUGGCAAAGAUCGCGCGCAAGAUCCGGCCAUCGAACACGAUUUGUACAUCAGCUUGGAGGAAAUUCUACGCGGUUGCACAAAGAAGAUGAAAAUAUGCAGACGGGCCAUACAGCCGGACGGUAGCACCAAGAAAGAGGACAAGCUUCUCACUAUCAAUGUGAAACCAGGCUGGAAAGCUGGUACCAAGAUCACUUUCCAGAAGGAGGGCGAUCAGUCACCGAGAAGGGAACCGGCAGAUAUCGUUUUUAUCAUUAGAGACAAGCCGCAUCCGCUAUUCAGGAGAGAAGGCAGUGACAUUAGGUAUACAUGUAAAAUGAGCUUAAAACAAGCUUUAUGCGGUACCAUCGUCGAAGUUCCUACGCUGACCGGCGAGAAAAUACCUUUGAAUCUGACGAGAGAAAUUAUCAAGCCGAAUACCGUCAAGAGGUUCCAAGGACACGGUCUGCCAUUCCCGAAGGAGCCAUCGCGGAAGGGUGAUUUGCUCGUGUCGUUUGACAUUAAAUUCCCAGAAAAUUUGACACAAAGUGCUAAGGAUAUAUUGUACGACACGCUACCCAAUUGAGCUCAAAUAUAAUGAUGAAUCAAAAAAUAAUG